GGUGGAACACGCGUCCCAAUGAACCCUCUCUUCUCGAGCAAACACGAGAAUUUCCUUCCCCCAUCAUUCCCUCACCUCUUCCCCCUUCCUUCCUUCCCCCUUCCUUCUCCUCUCGCCUCCAAGCUUGUUCCUUCCUGCACCCCCCGCUGUAUAUAAACCCACCUACCCUCUCACAUAUUCUCCUCAUUUCACAUCCUCAUCCCUCCAACUCUUAUACUACCAUGUACUCGCCUUCUCUUCUUUCCCUGCACUAUAUUCAUUAAUAUUUUCCCUCCUCGACAACAAACAUCGUUAUUGUCUUCCCUAUUUCAACCACACCUUCCCUAUCCACCGUCAUACUCUUAUUCGUUUGCCGGGGCCAGACUUCUAAGCAAACUUUGCAACUAAAAUGGCAAUUACUAAAGAUUCCUCGCCUAACCACACUUCCCGACCGGAUUUCGGGAAUCACGGUUCGGCUCGCGGUGCUCCUUUGAAGCCUGCCUACCUCGACUCCAGUGACCCGCCCCGGGGAGAAGAUAAAGACCUUCUCGACUCGAUCAUUCAGAAGAACCUUCGUGAUUUCUUGGCAGGACAGACUGCUGCUAAUGCAGCAAAAACUGCCUCUGCUCAGUCAGGAAUGGAAGCCCUUUUGCCAGCGAAUGAUGCAAAGGUGACUGAAAAAGAUUUGACUGUUGCUCGGGAUGCAAAUCCUAACAAUAUUUUGACUAGUACCCGGAUCGGUACUUUUACGGACGAUACCGACUGCGACCAGGUCAUCUGGGAAACUGAUUCCUCUCGCAGUGUAAAAGAUGAAGAUGGCGAUAUAGUCCUUGAAGAUGCUCCUGAUCACCUUCAUGCCAGACAGCCAACCAGCGGAGGUGGGCCGACUGAUACCGCCAUGGGCAAUCAUAACGAUGAGGAUUUUCGCAAACCUCAAUCUAAAGAGAACGCUUGCCCAUUACAGAUUGGAACAAUCGAUAACGAUGAUAGCGCGGAGGAAGGGGAAAUUGGUUUGUCACCCGAUUGAUAGAUUGUGCACUGUAUGCUCACACCCUCUAGCCCCGCUAAAGAGAGCCUUUAGUCGCAACGGGAAUACCAUUCCUGGGAAUGUGACCGAUUCACCAGCGCAUCUGGAUCGAUAUAGGCCGAGCUAUUACCGAGCCUAUGCAACCUCCCCUUCUGCUCCCGACACAGUCCAGAGAAGAAAUUUUCGGAGGCCCGCCUCCGUUUGCCGCUUGAACAUUCCCCGCGAAUUGUUAGCAAACUUACACCGAGACCCCCGGUUUGACCAGUACUGUCAUGCAUGGAUUAAUCGUCCAGACUUCUGCGGCCGUGGCGAUGAGUGCUAUUAUGCACAUAUGUACCCUCCUGGAACCGUUGAGGAAUUUGGGAUCCUCACCCUCGAUAUCGAUGCCAAUGGAUCGGUUUUUAGCGGGCAAGAUGGGGGAGCCGAGCAGAGAGAGUCAAGGUGGUCUCGUUACUUACUCCCAGGUCGCCAGGAGUAUACUCCUGGCUGUUAUGACCGUAUCUGCAAAGAUUUUGAGAGGGGUCUUUGCAGACGGGGGCCAGAGUGUUGGUACCAACACUCAACCGAUCCGGCUGCCAUUAGACGUCGACAGGGUGUUUUUUGGAAGAGUAGAGUGGAUAGCAAGCUUGAAGCUCUCGCGAAUACUAAUCGCUUUUUCAUGAAACCUUCUUUGAGAAGCAAUUAUUCUGGCCAAAAUAGGGCGUUUAUCAAGCCAAAUUAUUACGGAUCAUCGCUUGGUAGGACCAGAACCGGCUUGUCUCGCUCUCAGGGGAUAAAUCCCUCUUAUACUCGUCAAGACUACUCCAGAGCAGUCUCCCCUUCGAUCAGAGAUUGGGAGGAGGCAUCGAUCGCGAGUUGGAAUGCGAUCGCAGACAGGAAUGCCAGAGAGUAUGCGGGUCAGCAAGAGAGGCUCAUGUAUCUCCAUCGGGAAUCGCAGAGGCGCCGAACCGGAGCUGCUUCAACCCGCCCUACCGCCUCCGCCGCUGGGCCAAUUAAGAUCCAAGGAGUGAAAUCUAAACAAUCGCUCUCUGGCAAAAAUGAGGAGGGUUCCGGGGAUUUCUCUGAGGAGAAUCCGUUGGUGAUGGGCGACAGAAGUGGGUCGGUGGAUGUGCAGACAUCUGGAAAAGCCAAUGAGGGAAUCUUGAUAUCUUUCCUAUGCUAGGUAUAUCUAAUAGUGGUUCAUAGAAGAAUCAAAAGACUGAUAUUUAUUUACGUGACUUAUUUAGGUAACUGAGGUCGUUCCUCUUUUCUUUCCUCUAGCAGGUAAAUCCAGCACUGGCUCGCAGAAGAACCGAAGAACUGAUAUUUUAUUUAGGUAAUUACUCGUAAAGGUGGUUAUUCCUAUAUUGGAAUAAGGGUGGGUGGGAGGAAAAAUCUUGCUGAUGGUACAGUACAUGUCCCAUCAGUUGCGUUGUUCAACCAUUUCUGUUUUUUUUUUGGUUUUUUUUCUAUAAAAAAAUCAUUUGGCUACAAUCUCCAUUUUUCUAGCUGCAAGUAACCUCUUAGUACAAGACGGAUUUUCAAUAAUUAGUUUGUGCUAGCGAUGAGGUUUAAAAAUGACAAGUUUACAUUUUCCGAAAGGGGGGAGGUGGGGGGAAUGUAGAUAGGUUUUGCCGGCUAUUGGGCCGGCACUAUUUAGUUACUCUCUGGCAUUGAUGCUGCCUAAUAAAUUUCUGUGGUGACAUGUCACUUUCUAAGUGAAUUGGGAGAGAUGUUGGGAUCAAGUUAUACUGUGCAGUACCGUACCGUGCCACAAAUAGUACAAUAUGGUAGUGCAAAAAAAAUAAAAAAUUAGUGCAUUAGAGAGUUUGCGCCGGCAGACCCAGGUGGUAGUUAUUAUACCGGAAAGAGUUUGUGCAUAGGAUCCAGGUGACUU